AUGCAACCGGCCACCACCACCUCCUCACCACUCUCAUCUCGACGCCUAUCGCAAGUCAUGGUUCCUCCAGUUGCUGCAUCCCCACCGGUCUCCCUCACAGGGAACGCCAUCCCUGGAGUUGGCGAACAAGGAAAUGUCAGAUCCGCAUCAGGCCCAUUGCGUCACCCCAAACCACUCACCCCAUCCGACAUACAUUCGAUGCUCGAGCAAGAACAGGAAGCAAUGGUAAACCGCCUAUCUCGAGAACUCUCUCUACUCCGCCAGCAAACGAACUCGGUCGCAUCAACAGCAUCGUCCACAUCAACCACACUCAAUGACGCCGUCGAUACGCACCAUGCCUCGCCAUACAUUAUCAGUUCCACACACCCUACAGCAUCGCGAAGACAUCGCUCGUCAUCCAGUCUGAGCUCUUCCUACAUCCCGGCUGUUCAAGGGUCACGGGCGGGGAGUGUUUCUGGAAUUGCGCCGGCGCGCGAGGCAUACCUUCCCACCGCACGUCCGGAUCCUUCACGGACGGGACGAAGCAGGGAGUCGUCUCUCACAUCCCCUGGACAGUCGGAAGCGGCAUUGUCGGCAUCAGCACCACACCACCAGACGCAGCAGGUCGAUCAGCAGUCACAUCCAACCGCUGGGCAGCCACAUCGCACCUCACUCUCUCAGCAAAAGACGCCGAUGAGUGGUUCGAUCUCUCGCCACGAUGAGAUUGCGUACCACCGUGGGGAGGUCGACUCGUUGAAGCGCGAGAAUGAAAUGCUGCGCCGGCGGGUACGAGAACUCGAGCUCUCCGUCACGAACCUCCAAAAACAGGAAUCGGGCUCAGGACAGACGGCGGAGAAUAAUACCAGCUCAGCUACUGCUGAGGUAGCGCAGGAACCAUCUGGCUCGGGGACGAAGGAUUGA